UUAAUUAUUAGCAUCAUUUAAUAUAAAUAUAUAUUUGUUAAUAAUUGUACAAAUUGAUAGUCUAGAUUGAUAGUGAAUGGUUUAAAAUAAUGUCGAGUGUGAGAAAUUUGAAACAAGCAGUUAUGCCUAUUAUAUGGCUCAACCGUAUAUUUUGCAUGGGUAUAUUCGAAAUACCGAUAAAUCGCCCACGAUAUUUUUUUAGUAUUUUCUACGUCAUCUCGAUAAUGAUUGGUUACUUUAUUAUACUUUACAAAGGAAUUGAUAUCUUCCAGCAAGCAUUUGCUUAUGAGUUUAUUAUAUUUCAUUUUGUCUUGGGAAUCAACAUCUUAGUUGCCAUUUUGGCUAUAAUUCUGUUUUGGUGGAAAUCAGAGAAUAUAAAUAUCAUGAUUAAGAGGAAUAAUAUAGUGGACAAUACUUUAGAAGCAUUGGGUAUAAAAAGAGAGUAUCAAAAACAUUUUCGCAAUAUUCUGUCUCUUAUGGCUCUCUGGCUAACAGGCAUGAUAAUAAUAUGCAUCUUGCAUAUAAUGUGGACGUAUAUCAAUGUUGGAUACUGGUUUGCCUUUUAUAGCUGUAUAUGUUUUAUUUUUCCGAUUAUGAUAAAUUCUGUAGUAGACCUCACGUUCGCCUCAUUUAUCAGGCAAGUAAUAUGUUUCUCAAAGAAUACUCAAAUAUAUUAUGAGAAGUUUGUGUGA